AUGGCUCCUUAUAUAUCUUGCCUUUACAGCCUCCAGAAGUUUUGGAUCAUCGCAGAAAAGAACCCAUGUCAUGACACUGGCAGUGGUGUCUUGAGCAUGAAGGAUAAAGUGGAGACUGAGGAGAGGACAAAGAAAGCAAAGGUUGAGAGCAGUGGCGAGGCUGAGAAGCAAGUAAAGGUGGAGCCUGUUGCGGGGACGUCGACGCCGGCAACGGAAGUGAAGCAGGAAGGUGAGGGAGAGCCAAAGAAGGAGGAUUUGAAGAUGACUGACGCUAAGGAGGACGAGAAGAAUGGGCCUCCAGCUCCCAAUAAAGGCAAUGGCCUUGGUCUUGAGAAGUAUUCUUGUGUCCGCUCUUUGCCAGAGGUCACUAUUAAUGUCCCUCGACCUUCUGGAACAAAAUCGGUGUCUGUUGUGUGCGAAAUAAAGAAGAACCAUCUGAAAGUAGGUCUCAAGGGUCUGCCUCCGAUAAAUGAUGGUGAGCUCUAUAAACUUGUAAAACCUGAUGAUUGCUAUUGGAGUCUAGGUAUCUUUCUUCACUGACAGUCCUCUACAUGGCCAAUUUCUUAAAAACUGAGCAACAUUUGAUUUGGGGAUCAGUACAUUGUCUCUAUGUUGGGCGUGUUCAUAUUCCAAUUUGGAGAGAAAUGCUUUUUCCAUUAAUUUUUGGUGAUUUCAACUAAUUUCAUUUCAAGAAUUCUGAUACAGAUGCUCGUUUUUUGUGAACUGGGUACAGAGAUGCUGACUGAUGCACAUUUCCCUCUCUUCAGGUUUUAGUGGUUAAACUGUCCAACAGUGGUCACCACUAUAGCUUGAAACUUACUUUUAAUUAUUGAAUGCAAAAAAUGAGCAAAAGAAACAAGGUGAACCGAGCAAAACAGGACAUGGGCCAUAUUGUUGGGGUGAAGAGUUUUGCUCCCAUGAUCUCAAGAUUGAAGAGGGGCCCAACCAUACAGAACUGUGGUUAGCAACCAAGUUUAGUAAGAAGAGGAAUGCUUGGGUUGGCAGGAGAUCAAGAAAUCCAAUAACCUUCCAAAAAUAGAAUAUAUAGUUGUGACUUGAGACUUUAUGAUGAUUGUUAUGUAAUUACUUUCUUUUGAGUGAGUAUCAUUGUUUAGUUGCAAUGACAAUUUGAAAUUGUGAUCAUAAC